AACUGGAUUGAAAACGAUUGUUACCUCCGCAAUAGGUACCUGGUAGGCUGCCAGCAGCCCUGGUGCGACGACUGGGCUCAGGAUCUGGCCCUGUCCAUCAACCCGCAGCAGAAGCCCUGCGACGACUUCUACGAGUUCGUCUGCGGCAACUGGAACCAAUCAAAUGUAUUGCCGAACUCGUUCCUAGCGCUGCAGAUACGCGUGUUUCUGUCCUUCUUCAAGCGUCUCAUCCUGAUGGACGUCAAGAGACCAGCCCCACGCAGUGUCAGCUCGCACGUCAAGGCUGCCCAGUUGCUUCAGACUUGCAUCCAAGACGCCGUCCGCGGCGUUGAUAAUAUAGAUUACGUGAGGCAGUUCAUGUCCCAGUACAACCUGUCCUGGCCUCCCGACAAACGCCAUGGUUCUCCCUCGAUGGUCGAUGUCCUGGUCGAGCUGUCCCUCGUCAGGGGCAUCCACCUACUGUUUCAACUGACGCCGGACGUGUACUUCAAGAAGCCCGGGUACUACAUCCUGCACUUCGUCUUCAGCUACCAGUUCAUUAUGGAGUGGAUGGUCCUGCGUAAAAUCAUCAUCAGCGAGGGACGCACCCGCCAGUUCUUCGAGAUCAUGGGCGAACUUAUCUCAGGAAAGACGCCUGAUCUGCAGCUCAUCGAGCGCGUCGUGUUUCUCGACAACACGCUGCUGACAGCCGCACUGCCACCAGCGGGCGACCGUCCCAACACCACAUCCACGUACGUGCGCUUCUCCACUCUCGAUAACCUGACCGGCUCGACGUCACUGGGCGAAAACAUGCUGCGUGCCGUGAACCGCCUGCUGCCUCCCGACCGCCAGAUGACGGACGACGACGAGAUCUGGGUCACCCACGGCGGCUACCUGGGUUACCUGGGCAGGCUUCUGGGCGACGAUGCCCGCUCCGAGACGCUGAGAGGAUAUGUGGGCCUGCAGCUGGCCAGGUAUCUGUCCGCGUCAGCGUCCUCCCGAAUCCUGAAGGAACAGAUGCCCCAGAGGAGCGGCCCCAUGAUCCUCAUGCUGAGUCACUGCGUCAUGGACGCCAUCCUGACGAUACCGUACGUGAUGGGAGACCUGUUCGUCCGCUGGAACCUCGAGGAACGCGACCUUGUCGAAAUUCGCGACAUGGUAACGCGCGUCCGCAACGCGACGCGCGACGGCUUUGUGAACUUGUCCUGGAUCGACGAGGCUACGAGGACUAGGGCCCUUGAGCGCAUCGACCACCUGGGCAGUCUGGUUGGGCGACCUGUCAAUCUGUCACGUACGGAGCAGCUGGAGGAUCACUACUCGUUCCUGCCAGUACUCAAGGGCAGUUACGCCCACAUGCUGGCCGCCAUCAGAGACUCAGAGUCGAAGCGCCUGAGGGGCCUGCUCAAGUCCUCAGAAAGCUACUUUCCGGCGAUCAACGUAGAACUGCCCACCGUCCUCGUGAACGCGUUCUACGUACCCGUUUACCACGUGAUGGUUAUCCCUCCGGCCAUCUUGUUUGCUCCCUUCUACGCUCACUCCGUGCCAGCAUCGUUCAACUAUGGCAGUCUCGGCCACGUGGUAGGCCACGAGAUUACGCACGCGUUCGACCCGGAGCUGAGCCUUUACAAUGCAUCUGGGAUCCGAGAGGACUGGUGGACGUCACAGUCCCGCAGGAACUUCGACGUCCGCGUGCAGUGUCUCAAGACAUUCUACAACAAGGUGCCAUGGGCGGGGGGAGUGCCUUACGGAGACACGGCAUUCUCAGAGAACUUCGCAGACUGCGGUGGACUGGAAAAGGUAUAUCGAGCCUUCAACUCGCUCGGGUACCAAGCGGACCACGAGAUCGGCGACAGGAAGUACUCGGCCAGACAGGCGUUCUUCAUCAACAGCUGCUACAAGUGGUGUUCAAGAGAAAUUCCCGGGUCCAGGACGGAGAAUAGCGGCGAUAGCGUAAAGUUCUACUCGCCCAUGCAUAUGCGAUGUAACGUGCCGCUGAUGAACACGCCGGAGUUUGCGGCGGAGUUCAAGUGCGCCGAAGGAACUACCAUGAACCCAAAUCAGCGUUGCGAGGUGUUUUAAAUGUGGAGAGUUUUAUGCAGUGUCGUUAUGCCGACCGCAUCUCGACUACAAUGUGCCGCAAUAUCAAGCGGAGCUAGUAAAGGACUCAUUCGCGAAACCAAAAACAAUCACUAUAGAAAGAGGUUCGGUGAAACACUCGUUCUUGAAAUCUAGCUGGUGCGCUAUACAAAAAGAAACCAAAGGAGAGGGGAGGUUAGAGCGUCUGGUAACAUCAUAGAGCCCAGCUCUGACUGGGAGGAUUGCGGGUAGACAUAAAGGCUACCUGCCUUUUUCUCUUCCCACUGUCUCCAUCCAAUAAGAGAGAACAACGUUGUCUGCUCUUUGAACAAAGUUUGGCGUUCGAUCGCCGAGUCUGGCGUUAGAACGCCAAAUACCACACCAUGCAUGCGCGAGGGGCAGUCGACGAUCUUGUUCUCUUUGAUCAGAGGGGAACAGGGGUAAGAGGCAAGGGCAGCCUAGUCUUUAUUGUCUCCAACCAUUAUCCUUCCGAUCGGAGCACGGUGCUCUGACGUUACCGAGCGUUCCUCAUCUCCUCUUCUCACUCAGUUUCUUAAUUUCACAGUUGUGUUGAAAAUUUUACGGAGCGCGUCGCAUUUGUGAAUAUAUGACGCCACGCCGUUGUUGCAAGCGUCCAAUCGGCGCACUGCGUAAACUUUGGGUCCAACUUUGCGUUUGAAGAGCCUUCAAUGAGGACGACCGACAUGCCGUAUGGGCCUUGGUGUGAGCAUACAUAUUACGAAGUUUUUGACGUGAUGUGACUGGCCUUCUUGUCGUCCUUCGUUUUAUAUUCUGAACCAAUCACGGGCACAACGCAAUCAUCAUGCUGCUGCGUACAAAUAAUUUAAAUUCUGCCGGAUUCAACACUGUUGUAGAUGAGCUCAUUUUAGUUAACGUAUAGCAACCUUAGAAAGCACGAACACAUUAUUUCCGUAUUUUCACGAAAUUUUGGUGGUCGCCAGUUUAGUUGAAUGUGUUAUAAAUAAACGUAUGUAUAGA